AUUGUUUUGACGUCCGCACCGCACACAUUGAACAGAAUACCAAGCCAGUGCCAAGUAGAAAUAUUUUAAGUGUUUUCCAUGAAAUUCCCAAUUUUAUUCCAUAAGCGCUUGUAAACACACUUCACCAUGUUUGCGAAACCAUAUAAAUUAAAAUCAAACAACACUCUCAAGAAUUCUGAGAAAAAACACCUGGCUCAACGUAUUCAAAAUGAGUACCCGGCAGCCACUGACGAGAAAGUUAAAGAAAUAGUGUCUGUGAAGUCGAGUUGUAUUUGUGUGAAGCUGGUGCUGCACUCCGGUGAUAUGCUGAACGUGUACGCAGUGGACGGAGUGCCCAUGGUCAUAGAGACGGGGGAGAGGCUCAUUCCGACAGUCUGCGCGCUGUGGAAGGUGCCAGACUUAGUACCUGUGCUGGUUAUUCACACGCCAGUCCUGCCUAAAGUCCAGGGUGGUGCGCCGGUGUACCUGCCAGGUGUAUCCAUUCCUUCGUGCGGCAUUGGGUUCCCGAUGUUCCAGCGCGGGACAAUCAUCGGCAUGUGUACACAGGAGAAUGCAGCAGUGUGCAUCGUGGGCCGCGCCGCCAUGUCUAGUGCCGACAUGCUGCUCAGACCUGCAGGAGUAUGUUUAGAAACAAUCCAGGUGUUUGGUGACCUGCUGUGCAAGGAUGGCAAGUUCACCAAGAUCGAGAGACCAAAGUUGGGUCCGGGGUCAUAUGGCUCAGGAGACAUCACCAUCAACCUCAGUUGUCUAAAUCUACAAGAGCCAGUGAGAGAGGAAUGGCCCAGCCUGGGCCAGAGAUCACCAGCUCCACAGGAACCACCGCCCACACAGAAUGAACCUAAAGUAAUACCUGAGCCUGAACUCACUGAACACACACCUGACGAGGAUGCUAACGUCAGUAUGCUCACAGACGAUUCACAAAUAGAAGAGUAUGAUAUCCCAAGUGACAUGGAUGGUCUACUUCGGUGGUGCUUACUCUCAUUCCUGAAACUCGAGGCUAAGAAUGUUGAACUGCCGCUCAAAACGAAUCUCUUGUACAGAAAUCAUUUAAUAGCACUUUGCCCACCAGAUCGGACUUUAGAAGUAAAGAAAUCAACUUAUAAAAAAUUAGGAAAAUUCCUUGAAGAAAUGCAAAAGGAAGGUCUGCUGGAGGUGCGCGAGAUCGACAAGGGCGUGGACGCCGUGGUGGCGCUCAACCUCGCGCACCCGCUCCUGCGCAGCCACGCCCUGCCGCCCGCGCUGCGCCACGCGCUGCGAGAGCGCAUGCGCGACACCACCAGCGACACCGCCGACUACGUGCCGCCGCAGGUGCGCGAGAUGUUCUGCAUCACCGCUAAUGUCGCCGAUCUCUUCGCACCGCUCAAGAAGGGCACGGCGCUGUCGCCGGGCGAUACUCGCGCGCGGCUGACGGAGUACGUGAAGUCUCGCGGGCUGAACUCCGCGCAGGUGAAGGGCGCGGUCACUAUGGACGCCACGCUCGCUAAGAUCACCGGCAAACCUGAACAGGAAGCAGUGAAGUGGGAUGUGCUGAUGUCGCUGGUGCAGGGCCGCAUGACGCCCAGCACGGAGAUGCGGUUCGCGGACGGCUCCGUGCGGCUCAGCAAGACGCGCCUCGAGCCCGUCCGCAUGCAGGUCGCCACCAGGAGCGGGAACAAGAAGGUGACCCUGGUGUCGAACUUGGAGCAGUUCGGGUUCAACCUGUCGGCGCUGAGCGCGGCCUGCCAGGCGGGCGCCGCGGCCUCCUGCGGCGUCACGCGGGCGCCGGGGGCGAAGGCCGACCAGCUCAUGCUGCAGGGAGACCAGACAUACUUCAUUGCCAAGCUACUCAUUGAGAAGUAUGGCCUGCCCAAGAAGUUCGUGGAGGGAGCUGACAAGGCACUCAACAAGAAGAAAUGACUGACAACUAUAUAUGAACAUAUAGUGAGACAAGUGAAACUGACAACACAAAGUGCAGUGACAAUCAGUGUGAUUAUCAAAUAAAACACUAAAUGAGCUUU